AUGGCGGCCGCCGUGUCAUCACCAUGCUCAACUCCACUGAUGACCCAGAAACCAAGUCUCAGAGUGGAUAUCAGACAUGGGUUUCUGAAAAGCUUUGAUUUUGGCCACCAGAAACCACUCAAAUGGAAGACUUUCCACCUCAAGGAGUGGGUGGUCUCUGCUAGCACUGACAAUGCAGUUUCUGUCACUGAUCCUGUGCCUUCAUUGAUUCGCUCUAAGGUGAAACGCCAUACAAUUUCAGUGUUUGUUGGGGAUGAGAGUGGAAUAAUAAACCGAAUAGCAGGGGUUUUCGCCAGGAGGGGUUACAAUAUUGAGUCCCUUGCCGUUGGUUUGAACAAGGACAAGGCUCUCUUUACCAUAGUUGUGUCUGGAACUGAAAAGGUUUUGCGGCAGGUUGUUGAACAGCUCAACAAGUUGGUGAAUGUGAUAAAGGUUGAAGACAUAUCAAAGGAGGAACAUGUAGAACGUGAAUUGAUGCUUAUCAAACUGAAUGCAGAUCCAAGUACCCUCGCAGAGAUCAUGUGGUUAGUGGACAUCUUCAGAGCAAAAAUUGUCGAUAUCUCUGAACAUUCACUGACAAUUGAGGUUACUGGAGACCCUGGGAAGGUGGUUGCUGUUCAAAGAAACUUAAGCAAAUUUGGUAUCAAAGAACUUGCAAGAACUGGAAAGAUUGCUUUGAGACGAGAAAAGAUGGGUGAGACAGCUCCUUUUUGGAGAUUCUCUGCAGCUUCUUAUCCAGAUCUUGAAAAGUCAAUGGCUAUUGAUGAUCUUGCGGUGAAAGCAAACCAUUCACUCAAUGGUGAUGCCAGUACUGCCUCAAGGGGUGAUGUUUAUCCUGUGGAGCCCUAUGAUGACUUUCGUUUGAAUAAAGUUCUUGAUGCUCAUUGGGGUGUUCUCUAUGAUGAAGAUCCAAGUGGGGUUCAAUCACACACUUUGUCUAUGAUUGUGAAUGACUGCCCUGGAGUUCUAAACAUAGUUACAGGAGUCAUAUCUCGAAGAGGUUAUAACAUUCAGAGCCUAGCUGUGGGGCCUGCUGAAAAGGAAGGGCUUUCUCGCAUUACAACUGUCGUUCCCGGUACUGACGAUUCAAUUACCAAGUUGGUCCAGCAACUUCACAAGUUAAUAGAUCUUCACGAGGUUCGGGAUAUUACACACUUACCAUUCGCAGAGCGAGAGUUGAUGUUGAUAAAGAUUGCUGUGAACACUACUGCUAGGAGGGAUGUUCUUGAUAUUGCCAGCAUUUUCCGUGCUAAAGCCGUUGAUGUAUCUGAUCAUACAAUUACCCUUGAGCUUACUGGUGAUAUAAAUAAGAUGGUUGCACUGCAGAAGUUACUUGAGCCCUAUGGGAUUUGUGAGGUUGCACGAACUGGGAGGGUGGCGUUGGAGCGGGAGUCUGGUGUGGAUUCCACUUAUCUUCGUGGAUACCCCCUUCCAGUAUAA